AUGGCUCCCGUGCAAACGCUUAUCCUCGAUGCUGGGCCCCUCAUCACCCAGCCGGCACUGGUGUUGAUGAAGCUCGGCGACGAGAUCUACACCACCCCGGGUGUCCGCGGUGAAUUGCGUGACGAACAAGUCCAGCGCCAACUUAUCAUCUGGGGCGAUCGGCUCAAAGUGCGCCAGCCCAAGCCGGAGUCGAUCCACCGGGUGACGGCGUUCGCCAAGCAGACGGGUGACUCCACCGUGCUUUCCCUUAACGAUAUCCACAUCAUCGCCUUAGCCUACGAGCUCGAUGUGGAGGCUCACGGCGGCGACGAUUCUCAUAUACGAUCGCACCCUACCGAACCUAAAGCAGGGCACAUCAUUCAACAAACUCCGCCACAACAAGAACAACAACAAGAACAAGCACAACUGACGGAAACUACUACUGAGCGUCAACUGGAACCAGUGGCCGAAGCUUCUACUGCUGGUGAACCGGCAACAGAAGAACCCAUUGAAGAUGACGAUGGUUUCCAAGUGGUGACCAAAAAGACUCGCAAUCGCCGUCAUCAUCGUAAACACCAGCCUCAACCUGAGCCUCAGCCUGAGCCUGAGCCUGAGCCUGUUGUUGAAGAAAUCCAGGCUGACGAAGUUCUCGAACACGUGGAACACCAAGAUGACGCUGGAGAAGUCGACUUUGAUGACGACGAAGGGUGGAUCACUCCGGACAAUAUCAACCAGGAAAUGCUUAAAGACGCCGCUGACGUCGUCGAGGAUGCCGCCCCGGCCGAGCCGUUGAAGUGUGCGUUGGCCACGGGUGACUUUGCCUGUCAAAACGUCGCCAUCCAAAUGGGGCUCACCCUCAUGAACUACUCGACGGGGAAACAGAUCCACCGCGUGAAAAACUUCAUGUACCGCUGCCACGCCUGUUUCAAGUUGACUCCAAUCCCUAAGGACGGCACCCCCAAGCACUUUUGCCCCAAAUGUGGUGGUGCCACUUUAAUGAGAUGUACCGUACUGGUGGACCUGGAGACGGGUAAAAUCACCCCUCACUUGAAGCGGAACUUCGUCUACAUCCGCCGUGGCGAACGCUACUCGAUGCCGUCGCCGCUCCUGAAGAUGUCGCAAAAGAAGGCCGGGCAACGGGGGUUCCAACACAACGAGGCCUCGAGACACCGCGCCGAGGGCGAACCGCUUUUGUUGCGUGAAGACCAGAAGGAGUACCAACAGGCACUCAAACACAACGAGUGGGAACGCCGACAACAGGAGAAAGCGAUGCAACAGUGGGUUGGCGGGGGCAGCGCCGACAACUACAUCUCGCCGUUUGCCCUGACCCAUACCCGUAACCAAGGGGUGCGUGUGGGCCGGGGGCGCCACCUGAACGCGAAGAAGAGAAAGUAA